ACUGUCGCGUGCAUAAUGGCAGCUGGUCAUCGUCACCAACUCUACAGAACAAAUCCGCAACCCCUACAUGUUCGUCCGUUUCCCGCUCCUUGGACCAGAGUGCCGCCAUCUUUAAAUCGCGCGCCUUGCGCCGGAAAUGGCGAGUGGGCUGUGUCUCCACCUAGCGGUCGAUGCGAGAACUCAUUGCAGUCCGGCAACACUGCACUGCAACAUCAACAUCACGCACUGUGCAGCCAGUGCUUUACAAUGACGUUUCCAACGGACUGGGAUAUUGAACAGUAUCGUGUUGAACAUGAAUGUGAUGACCACUGGGAGUUGCGACGUAGUUUUCUUGAAGCACACAAGGAUAAGUUUCCUGAAGACAGGCUAGUUUGCCUUGCACAAGUUUUCUACAAUGUUGAGUUUAUGGGGUGCAGAUACCCAGAAAAAACUAUGCGUCUUGUUGCCCAACUUUCCCAGGGCAUUGCUGAUGAGCACCGGGAAAAAACGAAGACCAAGCUGCAGCGCACCUUUGUGCAAGCGUCAGAUGCCGCAAGUACAAAGGCCAAAGGACGCAAUAAUUUUGGCACAGCACACACAAGGAAAGGGUUCAUCAAUUUUUGUAAGUCAACUGAAGAAAAUGACAACAGCAAUACAAUAGACAACAAUUCACCAAACAGCAUUAAUCAGAAUACCUUACCAAAUCCACGUGAAGAAGAAUCCCAAGCUUCCAACUCCGAGCAACUGCCCAAAGCAAAGAAGACUAAGAAAAAGACAAAAAAUAAAAAAAAGAAAGAUACAAAAUCCGUACAAAGUUUAGAGAAAGAGAUGAAUGAAGGUACUACAGCUAAGAAAAACAAAAAGAGAAAGAAGAAGGUGAUUAAAAAAGGUGUUGAGACAAUGGUAAAUAAUUCAACUAUAGAAGCUCCCCAGGAUGGUAAUAUUGAGCUAGAAGAGAUACCCCAGGAUAGUGAUAUUCUAUCAGAAGAAAAUCCUCAGGAUGCCAAAACCGUACAGCGUCCCAAAGCAAAGACACGGAGGGGCAAAAAGAAGCCAAAAGUGGCCCCAGGUGCUACUACUGCUGACAUCUCACCUAACAGCGCUCCUAACCAGAGCUGCUCUAACAAUUCAAAAUCUCAGAAGAGGAAGGAGACUACUGGUGACCAUGUUCCUCAGCAGCCAAAGAGAAUGAAGACAAACAAUACUUUUUCUGAUUUUGUUUUGAUAGAGAGUGCGACCUCUAAUGAGACCCCAUAUAAUAUAUUGUCAAGAUCAGCCGGACAAAACCAUAGUAAUCUGUCGCAACAUGUUGUUCAAACAUCUGCUGGCCCGGAGAUGACGUUGUCUCUGAAUGGUCAUUUUAUGGCAAGAGCCACAGGCAUUAGUGAGGCAGACGCCAGAAAAAAUUGUGCCCUGAAAGCCUUGGAAACGCUCAAGGAAUCUUGCUAUACCAUUAAAAUUAAAGAUAGAUUUGCAGGUUCUGUAGUUGAAAAAGGCGCAGAUUUAACUGGAGCCCAAACAGCGCCUCAAGAGACCCCAGCUCAUUUGGCAGAAGAUAGCAAAGUCAGUCGAAUGAUGAAAUUAAUGGGAUGGGGUGGUGGGGGUCUGGGAAAAGACCAGCAGGGGCGAGAAAAACCAGUUGAGGUGGAACAAAGAGUAAGGCGAACUGGGUUGGGGUUGGACGCAAAAGGUGGCAUAGGUCCUGCAUUCAAAAAUUCCAUUAAUCAAAUGUUGAAGACGUAUCAGCAAAGUAGUGCAUGUCAUGACCUUGUAUUUGCCUCUGAUUAUUCUAAGGAAGAACGGGCUCAAAUUCAUCUUAUUGCUAGGAGGUUUAAUUUAAGAAGUCUCAGCUAUGGCAAGGAUCAAAAUCGUCAGCUUGUAGUUAGCAAAAAAAAUUCCCCUGCUCGAUUGCUUUCACAAAUUUUGGAGGCUGGCGGAAGCACAGACAAGUAUGAUGUAAUUCCUCCAGGAAGUGUUUAAAUUUUUUAAGACCAAAUCCAAACCUCUUCAGGCAGUUUCCAGAGGGAGUUGGAAUCACAGGCAAGAUUCUGAUAAUUUGUAAAAUUAAUUCUCGUCCAUUUGGGUCGCUAACAAGAAACUGUCUCCCUGCUGGGGCUGCAGCCAUGU